AUGGCAGCGUGGUCCCGUGAGGCAGUGCUGAACCUCUAUCGCGCUCUGCUGCGCCAGGGCCGUGGUCUACGCUACACCGACCGUGAUUUCUACCUUGCCUCGAUCCGGCGUGAGUUCCGCAAGAACCAGCAGCUGGAGCGGCUUGAAGACAGAGAAAGACAACUGGAGAAGGGACAGGCCUUCCUGCACAAUAGACUGGGAGGGUUGGUUUAG